ACUGACAGUCUCAUUUUCGCCGACGUUACCCCCUCCUGUCAUUGGAGGGAGUUAAUGACAAAUCUGUCAAUUCACCACUCCCAUAUUACAUUCGUUCGCGGUUAUCUUAGGUGUUUGAAUCCAAGUGCAGAUGGGGUAGUAACGCGAGAUGCGAACUCGUUGACUUUAAAUUAUGUUUCCUAUUCACUGCGCUUGUUUGAGGUCAUCCUGAUUGAACCGUUUUUCGACUGUUAUGACCCGCAGAUCAGAAUGGCCGGUGGUGUACCAAAAUAUAUCUCUUUGCGGCAGGUGACAGUUUCAUCGACUUUUAUCUCGAUCCAGAUGAUCUUGAGAAAUGUGUUAGUUUUCACAAGAGGAGAGUUGGAAUCAAUCGCUGCUUUCGUGAAGCGACACAAUAUAAUUGUGAUCGCUGACGAAGUGUAUGGAUGGCUCAUUUUCGGUCAAGCUAAGAUGAUCCAUUUCGCGUCUUUGCCAGAUAUGUGGAGUCAGACGAUCACGAUAGGCAGCGCCGGUAAAAUGUUCAGCUUGACUGGCUGGAAAUUAGGCUGGGCAGUCGCUUCCGACAAAUUGUUGGUCAGUUUGAAAACUGUACAUCAGAACUGCGUGAACACCUGUCCAACUCCCAUACAGGUUCGUGAUAUGCUACCGCUGCCGAUGUCAUCAUCAUCCUCCAUGGACGCUUCUCCUUUCGGGUCGCGGAGGCAGACGCUAAAUACGAUCGCAAGGUACUUCAACUACCCCACUUGCUCCACUGCCUUUCGGUUAAUCUGA